GACCCCGCUGCGAUUCCAACCUGCCAACGCGUCCUGCCUGCCGGCAGACAAUGGAAGUGCGGAUCAGCCCAAGCUCCGAUGAAAGGUCGCCAGGAACCUGGCUUGAAUCGAAGGUCAACAUCGAGCAAAAGUCACCGGAGGUAAUUGCAUCGAUAGCAGGUUUGCGCACGCUCGAACCAAUAUCACCUUCAUCCCCCCGCAGCAGUAACCGACUCUAUUCUGAGGGAAAAUCCGAGCAUACAGAAUGAGUCCAGCUCAGCGCCUUCGCAGUUCGGAAAAUCCUCAGCGGAGACGGAAAAUAGCCCGAUAUCACAAUCACAGAAGCGCAGUGGCUGUGCCCGCGGAAGCCGCCGGCGUUUCAACGAUGUUGGAUUUCCAAAUACGAACAAUAGCGAACCGGGAGACGAACCGGGCCAGCUGGUCUGUGGCACGGAGCGAGAGGCCAUUGCCUCCGCGUAGGUCAAUGCGGGGCCUGCGAGGGUCCAGCGAUGGUGGGGGAGGCUGGAACGGCGGUGAAGAGCUUAUCUUUCAUAGAUCAACUCCGCUCGCAAACAGGGACCAGCGGGCAACGAAAGACGACAAAAGCCUAGCGUGGGAUAGCGACUGCGCUUGCGCCGAGAACAUCCAUGCAAGUUAUCGGACCUUGAACGGACAAACUGGGCGUGACGCUGCUGAAAGGAAUCGGCUUGAAUGUUUAUGAUUGCCGUCCGGGGAUAACUUCGACAUAUGCCUCCGACAUGCGCCCCGCCGACGACGACAAAGCCCGCUCGCGGGGGUAUAUAGGCUGGACGGGUACUGCUCUGGCCUCUCUGUACUGCUCACCCAUCUUGUCUUGACUCGAGUAACUCCUCGCAUUCGCCGUCGUCCGUCGUACUCCUUGCAGCC